AAUGACACGGGACUAGACGAUUCCGGAAAUAUUGACAGGGGAACACCAGGGGUUUCCGGUUAAAUUUGUUUUUGAAAUUUUUGAAAUCUGGAGCGAGAGGUUGGCAGACAUGUCCACGCUGUUCCCCUCUCUCUUCCCCCGGAUAACGGAGUCCCUGUGGUUCAAUCUUGACCGACCUUGUGUGGACGAGACCGAGCUGCACCAGCAGGAGCAGCAGCACCAAACCUGGCUGCAGAGCAUUGCUGAGAAAGACAACAACUUGAUGCCGAUUGGGAAACCCAUUUAUGAGUCAUCUGGCUUUACUGUGGCGCAGGCGGGAUAUGAUGAAGAAGAAGAAGAGGAUGACGAGGAUGAGGAGGACAGCGAGGAAGACUCGGAAGAUGAAGAAGACAUGCAGGAUAUGGAUGAGAUGAAUGACUACAACGAGUCACCUGAUGACGGCGAGAUCAAUGAGGCGGACAUAGAGGGACCAGACCAAGACCAAUGGAUGAUUUAAGACAAAAGUCAAUUUUAGUCUCCAUCAAGCUGUCUGGCACUGGAUUUUUACUCCCCAUUUAAAACACGACUGCUGCCCCUUCAGUCUGUGACAGAGAUAUGUUUUUAUAUUUGUGUAAACAGGAAAAGAAUAUAAGUGAAUCCCAGCUUGAAUCAUGAUGUUCUUUAGAGGGAGUUUGGAUAAAUCCAGCACAAAGUGUCUCAUUUCAGGCUGCAGUUGGCCUUUGAAGGCCCAGUGACAUUGUUGGACAUCAGUGUGUGUGUUGCUACCUGGCGUGCGUGCGCACACACACACACACACACACACACACACACA